AUGAAGUUCCUCAAAGCAGUGGGUGUUGCCAUCAUUUACGCUCAGGGAGCGCUCUCCAUGCCAGCGAGUGCCGAAGAGGACUGCGGAUCGCUUGGAGUCAUGAGGGUUGACGAGGCCAAGCUCCCAGAGGGCGUGGACGCCUCCCAGGUCCGCAAGUGCCUCGGUCACCCGGAAGGACACGGGACCGACCAUAGUGGGAAAGCUCUAUUCGCGCGCGAGUGUGAGUUUAGAUGGGCUUGGGGAUGUAGCCGUGGUGGCUACUGCUGGAAAUCCUGUGACCCGGACAACAACGGAAAAUGGUGCUGGACUGCUGAAGCCUCAGGCCUCGGCCCGUGGAUUCGGUGCUCGUCUUACAAAGACUGCGAGAGGAGUAUGGCUUGUGGCGAAGGGGGUUGCGACGAGUGUGGAUGUGGCUGCUAG